AUGGAUUCAGAAGACGGAGGGUUGUUUAUCAAGCAACUUGCCGCCUUUGUGCGCACGCACGAAAAGGCCCUCGCCAACGCCUUUCAGCCUCAGCGGCGCGAUGUUCGUCACCGGGCCACGCAGAGCACAAGCUCUGCCACGCUCUCGCAGGCCGCGACGUUUCCAGAACGUCCUUCGACCGCAAUCUCCAACUCUAGCUCGUUCGCCAGCUCUCUCUCUCUGGGGCCGCUCAACUUUGGUUCGCAUGGCGUCAAAUCGGCAAAGCUGGCCCUGACUCCCCACCAUCUGUUCUAUCUCCUCUCUCGCUUCGAAGAGUUGGGUAUCAAUGUGGGGCCCAUGAAGGUUCGCUUGGAGGAUCUCCACGACAGCUCAUCCUCUGCAAACUACGUGUCAUUCCUCAGCAACACCCAGCGGUCUAGAAGCCACAGCUCUGAUGUCGGCUCCAUCCACUCCGUCUCCAGCAUGCGGAGCGUCAUGUCUGGCAUGUCUGCUCUGUGGGCCAGCUUUGGCAUCGGUGCCAGCAUCUCGGCUUCCCGGACGGAGCGUCAAAAGGCCGCCCUGGAGGCGGACAUGAAGUACUUGUAUUCCGCCUUCACCAAGAUCCCCUGUCUCCGCCUGGCCCCUGAUUGGCGAGCCCGCCUCAUCAAGGGCUACGAAGAGUUCCCCUUCGACUCUGCCGUCCCCCUGUACGUGUUCAAGAACGUCCAGGCCCUGGAAGUGAGCAACAUUGAUUUUCGCCAAUUCUUCGGCUGGGACCGCAUGGCCGACCAGCUCCGCUCGCUUACGCUUAAGCAUGCUGGCAUCGAGGACCCCGCCGAUAUCCUGAUCGACAUCGUCCUGGACGACAUGGACAAGAGGCGUCGACGAACGUCCAAGGCGCAAACCUCGCCAUCAAUACCAUGGAGCGGGAGCCACAGCCCCCGCAAGAGUCCAACCAUGCCCGGUCGUGAGUUCUCGCGAUCCGUGUCCAUUCCCGGCUCACCCGAUGCUCGGACCUCGCUGGGUGAGCUUCACGUGGGCUCCGUGGGGCCCAGCGAGACCGCCGUCGACGACGGCAACACGUCUGAUGGCUCGGCCCGCACUCUGCGGAGGCAGUCUACGGAAGACCUGCCGCGGUCCCUGAAAAAGGACUCUCGGCCGAGGAGCAACUCCCCUUCUCGCCCGGCCAGCUCUCGUAACCACUCCAACCACCACGUACGAUCUCAGCAGAGGAUCCGGCGCUCGGGGUCUGGUAGUUCCAACUCCAGCAUGUCGGACUCGUGGCACCAUCACCAUGGCAGAGGCAGCUCUGCGAACCUCCUGGGCAGCAUGAUCCUGCCCUCUUCCAAGUGGCGCUUCCUGCGACAUCUCAGUUUGGCGGAUAACCCCAUGACGUCGAUCCCCGCGUCCAGUCUGGCUCCCCUCUCUAACACUCUCUUCUCCCUCGACUUGUCAUCCAACCUCUUCAGCCAGAUUCCGGACAGCCUUUCCACCCUCACAGCUCUCCGCGCCCUCAACCUUUCACAUUGCAUGAUCGACUCUCUGCACUCCCUGACCCGGAACCCCCUUCCAGCCAUCACGGCUCUCAACCUGCGAGCCAAUAGGCUGCAAUCUCUCGCCGGGAUCGAGAAGCUGUACCCUUUGGAAAGGCUGGACCUUAGAGACAACCGGCUUACGGACCCCAAGGAGCUUGCACGCUUGACGGGGAUUCCGGACAUUCGUGAAAUCUGGGUGGAGGGCAAUCCCUUUACCCGCACCCACAAGGACUACCGCCUGACCAUCUUCAACCUGUUUCGCAUGACGCCGGGAUAUACCGAGGACAUCGUGAUUGAUGGCUCCGGCCCCAGCUCUGCCGAGAAGCGGGUGCUGGUUGACCGAGUUCCGAUUCCCGAGUCGGUCCCCGUGGUGAAGCCGAUCGGGGCCGAGAUGCGAGGCGUCGAUGUAAGCAAGCCCGCCGUCAUCUACAGCACUGUCAAGGAAGCGUCCGUUCUGCGCAAGGAGCGGCCAGUGCCAAAGGCCAUCGCCAGCGAAAUCAAUACGACUUCGACGCGGCGCCGCAGGAACACCAAGCGACGCAUUGUCGAGGCUUCGAGCAGUGAUAACGCCGCGGUGCCCUCAUCGUUCGAUGUGCACAGCCCGAGCUUUCCGAUCGCCUCUCCCAUUGACCCUUCCCUCGACGGCCACUACCGGAUUUCUCAUGCGGCCAGGACGCAGCCGCCCUCGCCUCACAUGAUGUAUCCCAAGGCUCACGAGCGUGGCAGCGGUGGCUUCUCUCCGGAGAAUGGCCACGCCAACGGUACCGCCCACGCCGACCGCAUUUUCAAUACGAGCGAUAUCCAGCAGCAAGACUGGGACGCCGAGGGCGAGAUGUACCGCCGCAAAAUCGAGGCCCUACGCGACAAGGUCGGCGAAGGUUACCUGAGCGUGCUGAGCGAGGAGGGCUGGGAUUCGAACAACAUCUAUGGCUCACCAAAUAUCCCCACCAGCACUGCUGCGCUCCUGGCGGCCCAUCCAGCCCAUCACGCUCCGCCCAUGCAAGCCAUCCACGGAGGCCACUCAUGA